AUGUCAAGCACAAUCAACGGACUCGCCAACGGCAAUGGCGUGCUGCACAACAAGCAUCUCGAGCAGGUCAUCAGACCCGCCGACAGACAACCCUCGCCCCAACCCACACAUCUGAGCGUGCCCGGCGCCUCAAAUCAUGCUCGAGUCCUGAGUGAGCAGGGCUCUGGUUAUGAAGCCCCCAAAUUCGAGGGCAAGACUCAACAGAUGGACGAGGUCAUGGACAAGAUUGAGGCCAAAGGCUUCCUUCCCCCGGAAUUUGUCGAAAGCGAAACCCAAUGGUUCUACAACGAACUCGGCAUUGACGACAUGUACUUCUCGACCGAGACUUCUGAUGCUCACAUUCACUCACUCUACGCCGCCAAGGUCGCUGCAUUUGCCAGAGACGACAAGCAGCUUGAGAUCCGCCUGGACAAAGAAGCCGCCGACCACGCCGUCUUCAUCGACACCAGCAAGCCCGGUAUCACCUCUGUCGGCGGACCUCGCUAUGAGCAACGCAUCGACGAGAAAUACCUCAACAACUCCAAGGGUGCCAGCAGCUACCGUGUCGAGACAUUCAGAUCGUCUAGCAAAUUGCCCGGUGAUCUCGACCAACAGCUGAGAUGUUACUUCGUAUACCAGUGCUCUUUCGAGCAGCCCAACCCCAGCCCUGAGGAGACCAACCUCGAUCUCAUCUCUGACAAGAGGUUCCUCCAGAAGGCUACCAAGAACACCCGGGACAUUUACCAACACAUUCUCGAAUCGGCUGUCGCUAGAACCGGUCCCGUCAUCGAGCUCUUUGAGAUUAAGGGCUCAAGAGAAAAGAGAUUGGUCAUUGCCUACAAGCAGGGGUCAGCCUUGGGUCUCUUCAGCGCCCUCAGUGAUCUCUACCACUACUACGGCCUGACCUCGUCUCGCAAGUAUGUCGAGCAAUUCUCCAACGGAUACACAAUCAUGUCGCUGUACCUUCGUCCUGUACCUGGACCUGAGUCCAACAUGCACCCUCCCAUUGAGGCCUCCAUCCACCAGAUCAUGAAGGAAGUCUCUUUGUUGUACUGUGUUCCUCGCACCAAGUUCCAAAACCACUUCGCGACUGGAAACCUCAGCUUGCAGGAGACUAUCUACGCUCAUUGCGUCUGGGUCUUUGUCAGCCACUUCUUGAACCGUCUGGGCUCUGAGUACAACACUCUCAGCGCAAUCCUGGACGCAAACAACAGUGUCCACGCCGAACUGCUUUCAAAGCUCAAGCGUCGUCUACGUACCGAGACAUUCACUUCUGACUUCAUUCUGGAAAUCAUCCAGCAGUUCCCUGACCUGGUCAAGGCUCUCUACCUCAACUUCGCCAACACUCACUACGUUCAGACCCGUGGUGACGAAGAUGACUUCCUGCCGACUCUCAGUUACCUCCGCUUGAAGGUUGACAAAGUCUUGAGCGAUACCGAGUUGAAGAACAUGAUCUCGACCACCUGCCAGAACGAGCAUCAGGAGAUGGUCAUGACUGCUUUCAGAGUGUUCAACAAGGCUGUUCUCAAGACCAACUACUACACACCAACAAAGACUGCCCUCUCGUUCCGCUUAGACCCCUCGUUCCUGCCCAUUGAGGAGUACCCUCAGCCUCUGUACGGCAUGUUCUUGGUCAUCAGCUCUGAGUUCCGUGGUUUCCACCUUCGUUUCCGCGACAUUGCUCGUGGUGGUAUCCGUAUCGUCAAGUCUAGAAGCCCUGAGGCUUACGAUAUCAAUGCUCGCUCGCUCUUUGACGAGAACUACAACCUUGCAAACACCCAGCAGAGAAAGAACAAGGAUAUUCCCGAAGGUGGCUCCAAGGGCGUCAUUCUGCUUGAUGUUGAGCACCAAGAGAAGGCCAGCGUGGCUUUUGAGAAGUACAUCGACAGCAUUCUCGAUUUGCUCCUUCCACCCACUAGUCCUGGUAUCAAGGAUCCCAUUGUCGAUCUUCACGGAAAGCAGGAGAUACUAUUCAUGGGACCUGAUGAGAACACUGCUGAGCUAGUCGACUGGGCUACUGAGCACGCCAGAGCCCGUGGUGCUCCCUGGUGGAAGUCGUUCUUCACCGGCAAGAGCCCUAAGCUUGGUGGCAUUCCUCACGACGCUUAUGGUAUGACAACUCUGUCUGUUCGUGAGUACGUCUUGGGUAUCUACCGCAAGCUUAACCUGGACCAGAAGAGUAUGAGAAAGCUUCAAACUGGUGGCCCCGAUGGCGACCUCGGAAGUAACGAAAUCCUUCUCGGACAAGAGAAGUACACCGCCAUUGUUGAUGGUAUGGGUGUCCUUUUCGAUCCCAACGGUCUCGACAGAGAAGAGUUGCUUCGCUUGGCUAAGAAGCGUGUUAUGAUUCACCAAUACGACGUCUCCAAGCUCUCGCCCCAAGGCUACAGAGUCUUGAUUGAAGAAAGCAACAUCACACUUCCUUCAGGCGAGGUUGUCAACAACGGCAUGGCAUUCCGCAACACUUUCCAUCUGCGCCAGGAGGCUUAUGACGUCUUCGUGCCCUGCGGUGGUCGUCCUGAAUCCAUCAAUCUGAACUCUGUCAACAAACUUAUUGUUGAUGGCAAGGCAAUCAUUCCUUACAUCGUUGAGGGUGCUAACCUCUUCAUCACACAAGAUGCCAAGCUCCGCCUCGAGAAGGCCGGCUGCAUUCUCUUCAAGGAUGCAUCUGCCAACAAGGGAGGUGUCACAUCAUCCUCUCUUGAGGUCCUGGCGUCAUUGUCAUUCGAUAAUGCUGGCUUCAUCGAGAACAUGUGUGUGCACGAAGAUGGCACUACCCCAGAGUUCUACAAAGCCUACGUCAAGCAAGUGCAGCAAACCAUCUGCAACAAUGCUAGACUGGAGUUUGAGGCCAUCUGGAGAGAAAGCGAGGCCACCGGCACUCCCAAGAGUGUUCUCAGUGACACUCUGAGUACCGCCAUCACUAACCUUGAUGAGGAACUCCAGAACACUGAACUCUGGGAUAACGUCGAGCUUCGCAAAUCAGUGCUCAAGGAUGCCCUUCCUAGCUUGUUGUUGGAGAAGAUCGGUCUCGAUCUCAUCAUUGAGAGAGUUCCUGAGAACUACUUGCGUGCCAUUUUCGGCUCGUACUUGUCGUCCCGCUUCAUCUAUGAGCGCGGCAUUUCGGCCAGUCAAUUCGCGUUCUUCUCUUUGUAA